AAAAAAAAAAAAAAGGUUAUUUAAAAGAAAGUGUUAGCCAAAGUCAGUUUUACUUUUAUUUGUUCUUUUGCAUUUUUGAUGCUAUUACUACCUCUUUUAGAUAGUCCAAAAUGGACUAUUUUAACAACAGUAUCUUUAAAAUUUAAGUUACUUGCUUGGCUAUGCGGUUUGUAUGAUUACAGUUCAACUUAGGAAAUGUUCUCCAAUAAUGAGUUGCUCUUAAUUUAAUCAAAUUGCUAAGGCCUAAUAGUACUAUAAACCAACUUGGUGGUGAGUUUGCAUGUUUAUUUUAUUCAGAUUAUUAUCUAGUAAGUGAACACUUUAAUUCAUAUAGAAAUGAUUACUGGACUUUGUUUACAGAAAGCCACCAAAAAAACUGAUAAACCCAGACAAGAUGAUAAAGAUGAUCUAGAUGUAACAGAGCUCACUAAUGAAGAUCUUUUGGAUCAGCUUGUGAAAUACGGAGUGAAUCCUGGUCCUAUUGUAGGAACAACCAGGAAGCUGUAUGAGAAAAAGCUUUUGAAACUGAGGGAACAAGGAACAGAAUCAAGAUCUUCUACUCCUCUGCCAACAAUUUCUUCUUCAGCAGAAAAUACAAGGCAGAAUGGAAGUAAUGAUUCUGACAGAUAUAGUGACAAUGAAGAAGGAAAGAAGAAAGAACACAAGAAAGUGAAGUCCACUAGGGAUUUUGUUCCUUUUUCUGAACUUGGAACUACUGCCUCUGGUGGUGGAUUUUUUCAGGGUAUUUCUUUUCCUGAAAUCUCCACCCGUCCUCCUUUGGGCAGUACUGAACUACAGGCAGCUAAGAAAGUACAUACUUCUAAGGGAGACCUACCUAGGGAGCCUCUUGUUGCCACAAACUUGCCUGGCAGGGGACAAUUGCAGAAGUUAGCCUCUGAAAGGAAUUUGUUUAUUUCAUGCAAGUCUAGCCAUAAUAGGUGCUUAGAGAAAAGUUCUUCGUCAUCUUCUCAGCCUGAACACAGUGCCAUGUUGGUCUCUGCUGCAGCUUCUCCUUCACUGAUUAAAGAAACCACCACUGCUUGCUAUAAAGACAUAGUAGAAAAUAUUUGCGGUAGAGAAAAAAGUGGAAUUCAACCGUUAUGUCCUGAGAGGUCCCAUAUUUCAGAUCAGUCGCCUCUCUCCAGUAAAAGGAAAGCACUAGAAGAGUCUGAGAGCUCAAAACUAAUUUCUCCGCCACUUGCCCAGGCAAUCAGAGAUUAUGUCAAUUCUCUGUUGGUCCAGGGUGGGACAGGUAGUUUGCCUGGAACUUCUAACUCUACACCCCCACUGGAUGUAGAAAACAUACAGAAGAGAAUUGAUCAAUCUAAGUUUCAAGAAACUGAAUUACUGUCUCCUCCACGAAAAGUCCCUAGACUGAGUGAGAAGUCAGUGGAGGAAAGGGAUUCAGGUUCCGUUGUGGCAUUUCAGAACAUACCUGGAUCUGAACUUUUGCCGUCUUCUUUUGCCAAAACUGUUGUCUCUCAUUCACUCACUACCUUAGGUCUGGAAGUGUCUAAGCAGUCACAGCAUGAUAAAAUAGAUGCCUCAGAACUAUCUUUUCCCUUCCAUGAAUCUAUUUUAAAAGUAAUUGAAGAAGAAUGGCAGCAAGUUGACAGGCAGCUGCCUUCACUGGCAUGCAGAUAUCCAAUUUCUUCCAGGGAGGCAACACGGAUAUUAUCAGUUCCAAAAGUAGAUGAUGAAAUCCUAGGGUUUAUUUCUGAAGCCACUCCACCAGCAGGUAUUCAAGCAACCUCCACUGAGUCUUGCGAUAAACAGUUGGACUUAGCACUCUGUAGAGCAUAUGAAGCCGCAGCAUCAGCAUUGCAGAUUGCAACCCACACUGCCUUUGUUGCUAAGGCUAUGCAGGCAGACAUUAGUCAAGCUGCACAGAUUCUUAGCUCAGAUCCUAGUCGUACCCAUCAAGCACUUGGGAUUCUGAGCAAAACAUAUGAUGCAGCCUCAUAUAUUUGUGAAGCUGCAUUUGAUGAAGUGAAGAUGGCUGCCCAUACUAUGGGAAAUUCCACUGUAGGUCGUCGAUACCUCUGGCUGAAAGAUUGCAAAAUUAAUUUAGCUUCUAAGAAUAAGCUGGCUUCCACUCCCUUUAAAGGUGGAACAUUAUUUGGAGGAGAGGUAUGCAAAGUAAUUAAAAAGCGUGGAAAUAAACACUAGUAACAUUAAGAACAAAAAGACACAUAUCUUAUAUUUCAAACUUUUAUGCCAACAUUUUCUUUUCUGUUAAGGUUGUUUUAGUUUCCAGAUAGGGCUAAUUACAAAGUGUGAAGCUUCUACCCAUCAAAUUAUAGUAUAAAAGUAAUUGCCUGUGUAGAACUGCUUUUCUUUUUUAAAGAUUUGCAUAGGUAGGAAACCUGGUACAAACAAUUUAAAGCUUUCUAGAUCACAUAUUAGUCUCCAAAUUGUUUUCUAUUUCCUGCUUUACGUAUGCUUUUACAAUUCUCCAAAACUAAGAAAAUUCUAAUUAGGAUAUAAGGAGUCUUUACUGUUUAAUAGAGUAAUAUGCAUCCUCCUUUAUACCUAGGACAGAUUUAAACAGUUGUUACACAUUCAGAACAGUGAUUUUGUUCUUUUUGAUAUUUUUAUCUCAGUAUCUUUUCACAUUCCAUAACUUGUCCAUAUUUUUGCUCAUAUUUUGUUACUUUUGUUUUUUACUCAUGUCUGCAACAGCAAUCAUAGUAGUCUAGAUCAGUGCAACUCAAACUACCAGUCUACGAACUGUUACUUAUCCACAGGCAAGAUAAGCAUGCACAAUAAUUUAAAUCCAGAGAUACUUUUUAAGUCAAUGACAGGAUUUAUUUUUUAGCAAAAUUGUAUUAAUAGCUAAAGCAAUGUAUUGAUUUACACUCUGAUGCAAGUAAUGUAUCUCUUCAUUGACUGGUAGCAACCAAUUCAUGGAUCAGUACCAUGGACCACACUUUGAGAAACACUUCUUUGGAUAAUAAUAGAUAUCCUGGGAUAGUGCAUGUUCACCAUCUAUUUUAUCAGAUAAUGGGGCUUUUUAAAAAAUACUACUUUGCUUUCAUGAUAUAUUGUGUUUUGUAGAAAGUUAAGUUUAACAAUAUAGACUCUAAAAGCAAAUUUAAUUUGUUUAAAGCCAUAAGAAAUUAUACUAUAUCCCAGUAUCUGUGUGUCUGUAUAAAGCAGUGUAUUAUCAUCUUUUCAUUUCUAUGAUUGUAAGAUAAGAGUCUAACUGCAGAGGUAUUGUGGAAAAUAGUAGCCUUAAGCAUAAUAAAAUAUGGUCUCUUGGGUACUCCCUCUGGCCAUUACCACAUUCUUAGAUUAUACAUGUCCCUCUUUGCAACUUUCUGAGAGUAAUUUUAUUUGUUGUCUUCUGAAAUGUACAUGUAUACAUGUACCUAUUGAGUGCUGUGUGAUUUUUAAAAAUGUAUUACUGUAGAAUGCUUCUGCAAAUUCAAUAAAAGUUGUUAAAUUUGAACA